GUUAUAUCUAAGAUAAUAUCGGAAUUCUUUUCUAUUUGGAAAACCUAUGUAUGUAGUUACAUAUGAUAUUUUUUGUGGACUUUGGCGGUGUUUAAAUCUUCGAUGUCUAUUCGCUAGAGCUAUAGUUAGCGCUGAUCCACGAGGUUUAGUUUUCUCAAAACGGUCCUGCCUAAGCUAUGGUCAUGCAUGUUGGGGUGGUCAUGGAAAAAGAAGUGACUCUUCCCACAUCAGCAGCACUCGUAGAGAUGCUGAUAUGUCAAUGCUUCCCAGAUGGUACUUGUCAAGGCUCAUUCAAAAACCUCUGAACAGGCGAUACAUAUUUGGAAGUAGCUCAAAUGACUUCAAUGCAAAUGAGAUGUUGAGCGACGGCAGCGAUAUUAAAAGUCAGGAAUAUUUAGGGAGCAACGAAAUAAUAGAAGACCAAAAUCCUGACGUUGCUGAUAUCCUCGAAAACGAUGGACAACAUCGGAUGCUGGAGAAACGUGCACUUGGUCACCACUGAAUGGAUCAACCAGGAAAACAGCUCUAAAUAACUUCUAGGAUUGGUAGUCAUUUCAAAGACUGGUAAGUGACUACUGACAUCUAACAACAUCCAACAUCUACCCUGCGGGACAGAUAUUUGAUAAAUGUAUAUAAAGGUUAAUCAUGUGUAUAUAUGUUGAUGUGUAGUUUAGUGAAUAAAAAAUUGAAGUCAUG